UUGCGUCUAGCGUUUUCUCGAACUUAUUAGUCAAUUUUAGUUUUAUAAAAUAAAAACGGGUCUCAAGCCAUCAAACGCAUUUACUUGGUCACAAACAACGAAGCCGUAAGUACAGAAAAUGGAGUUUCCACAUUUGGGUCAACACUGCAACGAGGCAACAUGCAACAGAUUAGAUUUCCUGCCCGUUAAAUGUGACUCAUGCGACAAGGUAUUCUGUGCCACACACUACAACUAUGAGCGCCACAAUUGUCCAGGUGCUCAUCGCAAGGAUUUCCAAGUGCCCAUUUGUCCGCUGUGCGGAGAACCUGUGCCAACGGCACCCGGAGUGGAGCCCGAUUUAACUGUUAGCCAGCAUAUCGAUAAGCAAUGCAAAUCGGAUAGCAAGAAAAUCUACACAAAUCGCUGCCAUGCCAAAGGCUGUAAACGCAAAGAAUUAAUUCCCGUACAAUGCUCACAAUGCAAACUGAAUUUCUGCCUACGUCAUCGUCACACCACCGAUCAUGACUGCCAGCCCUACUCCGCGAGCUCCACCAAGACAACUACUAGCACCAUAUCGAGUGCAACACAGGGCGUCUUUAAGAUAUUCUCCGAUACGCGCGCAAUGGCAGCGCAAGCGGCCGAGAAUCGUCGCCAGGCAAAUCCUAAAGCAAGAGGAGCAGUUCCAACAGUAGCAACUGCAGCAGUUGCUCAACGCAACCAUAUACAAAAUAUACAAGGAAAUAUGACUGAGGACGAGGCUUUGGCGCAUGCUUUGGCCCUGUCCAUCAUGGAGGAGGAUGACGCCGCAACUACUGGUGGUAAUCGUGGGAACACAUCCACGUCCACAAAUAAUGCGCAGCGCGCAACGACAACUGUCGGUGGUCAGCAGGCGAAUAGCAAGGAUAAAUGCUCACUCUGCUAAAUGUCGCACUUCUAAAUAUAUAAACAUAUCCAUCACUUGACCAGCGGCCCGUGUGCUGCCCACUCCCCUUUGCCCAAAAACUGUUAGGUGCUUAGUCUAAAACCAAUUUGUCAUUAUUAUUAUUGUUGUGUAACUAUAGAUGUUGAUAGAUUUACUUUUAUUUACUUUUUGACUUCGUCACAUUCUUUUGCAUGGCUUAAGGCUGUUUAGCAAAAAUAAUUUAAACGCGCCUGUUGCAAAAUCAAUUCAAACAGGCGCGUUUUAAUCGCUCUAGUUGGGAAGAAUAAACUGUAAUUUAUAUAGUA